AUGCAAGCACCAGCCCCGCCAGAGUCCGGGGGGGCGUUUAUGGAUGACACGUACCUUUGGUCACAUGACAGAACGCACCUGCAGGCGACGCUGGCAGCACUUGAGAGGCACCUUGCACGCCAUGGCCUGUUGAUCAACCCGAGGAAGACGGCAGUGAUCUACAGCCAGCCGCAGGGGGGGGGAGCAUACCGCAUUGGGGGGGAAAUGGUCGGCUGCAGACCCUUUGGGGAAGUCGUGACGGCACUGGGGUCACCCCUCACCUUCGGGGAGAGUGUGGCAGCGAUCAUCACACCGGGCGCGCAAAGCGUUCAACAAACACGCAGCUCUGCUCUGCGCCACCACGCCACUCAAGGGGUGCUGCGCUGGAGCACCUUCCAACUUGGCCACACCUGGGACCUGUACGGACACAUGGCCCGAGCCCAACCCGGGGGGAGACCCAUGCUCAGUUGGAAAGACUUGGAGUGGUGGGAGCUGGAGAAACAAAAGCCGCGCGCACAAAGACACACCCAUGUCAAAUACAAUGCACUCGCAGACCCAGAAAGACAGGUGGUGGCAGUGGCGGGGACAGCCUGGAAGCAGUUAGCAGCAGAUUUUCAGACAUGGGGGAGGUUGGGAGAACAGUUCGUAUCCAAGUUUGACGAUCCGUGGGCACACACGUACCGCCGAAGCCAGCAGCAGCAGCCCACGCUACACCUCUCUGCACAGCCGCAGGAGGGAACCCACCAGGCAGCCCAAGCAGCGACGGAACCAGCCACGCAGACAGAGUACCCCAACAUGGGGGGGCAGCCCGCCAGCCAGCCACAGACGCUGCAGCCUGGAAGAGCCACGGGGCAAGCAGAAGCAACGAACGAACCACAGCCAGCAGCCGCAGGGGAAGCGCCGGCCUCAGCAGCACAGCCACACGCCGCGCAGCCACACACACCGAGGGGGCCAGACCCCGUGGGGCCCCAAGCACCAGUUCCACGACACCGGCCGAGGAUGCAGCCGCCUGACAGCCAACGCUACCCACCACCAGCAGACCCGCAUGCGCAGGGCUUGCCACAGGCCCAGCAGACAGCACAACAGCCGAGCCAAGCCGCAGCCGCAUCGUGCCAAACCCAAGUGGGAGCGCAUGGGACAGCCAUCAUGAGCCAAAGGGUGGCGACGACGAACCAGCAGGCCGACCCUGCCACCAUGCCCCAGCCACAGCACCAGCAGCCAGGAGCAACGACGUAUACCGGGCAGCCCACGCCGACCGCAACAGGGGGCACACCACACCAGCACGCAAGGGGGAUGCAGCCAGGAGGCAACCCCAAAGAGGCGUGGGGCUACUACGCCCCGACAUACGAUCCCGCAACGGACCCGUGGCACGAAGACGACGAGGAGGACGCCAGCCAGCCCAUGCUGCCGCAGCCGGGACAAGCCACACGUAUGGGGACCACGCAGCAGCAGCCGCUGGUCUACACGGUGCCAGCAGCCCCAAACCAGUGGGGGUACACCCUCACAUACCACCCACCGCUCCAGCAAGCUACCGUGGGAAGCAACCAGCCGUGUACACAGCAACCGCAGCACCAGGGCCAGCUGCACAGCCCCGAGCACAGCGGCCCUCACGCCACAGCACAACACAGGCAGCCCGAAGCAGUCAACAGCAACCUUCCCGGGCAGGGGGACCUCCACGCAGCAAUGCCAGCCCAAGGGGGCACGACCACGCAGCCGCAGCAGCAGCAGCAGCCAGCUCCACAAGAAGUCACACUGACGUGCCCCCAACUUGCACACCAGCCCCCCAACUGCAACAGAUGGGGAAGAACGCUGCAACCGCUCACCCAGGGCAACGGGCCCACCACGGGCACAACAGUGCCGCAUCCUGGCCAGCAGCCACAGUACAAACCAACACCACAGGGCUACGAACCGCCGCCGUGGGCAGUGCCAGCAGACUACAUCCCACCGUGGGAGAGAGACCCACACCGACCCCAGGACACAAAGCCAGCGCCAAGCAGCAGCUCGGGGGAAGCCUUCACACAACAACCACAGCAACAGCCGGAAGGGACCAUGCCAACGAUGCCACCCACCGCCGAGGGGCAUUGCCAGCAGACCCAGCACCCGGCAGGCCACCCAGAUCCAACAACUACAGACGGGGGGGGAAUGGCGAGGGGGGGGUCCACAACACAGGGGGAGGCCCGCAUAGCACCCACAGCGGAACUGGAGGAGGAAGACCCGACGGGGGGCACAGGGGGAGGCAAAGCCCAACGUCCGUAUCACGAAGGACAUGGAGAUCAGAGAAUGAGAGGGAAGCGGUUCAAAGCUGCGGUCCAAACCGCGUUUGGACAGCGGGGGUGGACGAAGGGGGACGAUGUCACGUGGAAAGAAGUGGCACACCUCGUGGGGCUGCGAGAAGAAGAUGAUGAAAGUGAGUGGGCCAGGGUGCUGGCGGAGGGGGCACAGCGAGGAGGCAGGAGACGCAGAGGGCCGGCAGCCGCAGCGACAGCAACAGUGGAGCAGCCGGACGACGACAAUGACGCGACGCUUCAGUGGGACGGUCUCUUCAACUCCAUGCUGAUUUCGCCGGGGGGAGCGGACCGGCCGGACACCUUUCCGCCGGAACUGCCUUUCCAUGCUGACGCCGAGAUGCACCUGAGGGGACUACCACACGGAGCGUGGGCAGGCAUCACACUCCCAUGGCAAUCCAGAAGGGGACCGGAGUAUGCGUCCUCCACCCGUGGAUACUGCCGCAUCAAAGUGCGGCGCAGGCCGGGGGGCAUUGAGCCCGCAGGCUACAUGGCCACCAGCACCUCGUUCGUCCUGUUCCCUUGGGGAGCAAUCCAGGGGGGACGACCUCGGAAGUGGCUGCUCCACAUCACAGGGGGGCCACCCCAAGAGGACCCGGAGGCUGCAGCCACGCUUGGCGUUGCAAUAUUUUUACGACUGGGGGAAUAUGACCCCAGAGCCUCGAACAAUCCGCCCAUGGCGUGGGAGCAGAUGGCGCUUCAGCUCAUCCCACCGCCGGGGCGGAGGAGGGAGCCGGCACAAAACCCGACCUUCCCGGGGGACAACCAGUCAUCUACAGCGGGGCCCAGCUCACCGCCUGUGACAGCUCCGUCUCCAAGUCCGACGCAACGGGGGAACGAGAACGGACAGCCGGACGAGGAGGACGACGAGAUCGACGAGCCCUCCUUCAUGCAACGAGCCACCCAGCUGAACGACACAGCGGCCUCCAGCGCGGGGGAAACGCCACAGGACGGCUGGGGACAGCGCAGAGGACGGCCGGCAGGGGGCAGGCCCCACCGCAUGGCCCCGGCUGCGGCCAUGGUCCGCCGCUGGCUUCGCCAACUGGCCGCGAUACUGCAAGCCCACCCGAUGGGGGAUGCCAUCCCAUUGCUGCUGGAAGAGACAAUGGAAAUGGUGGGGACCUGCACCGACGACGACCGAUGGCAAGAUGAUGGUACAGUGGGGGGACCAGGCCCCUGCAAAAAGAGGCGCAUCUUGAACAUGAUCUAUGUCGCCCGCAGCCGUCUGGAGCUGAUCUGCGAAGACGAUGGCAUAGAUGGCUACAAUCAACAUCAAAUCUGGGAGGACCUCAAGACAGCACUGGGGGACCUUCGCCGUGGCCAAGAGCAGUUCCAACAAGCAACGCAGGGCCAAGGGGGGUACCAGGCAAUGCAGGGGAGCCAUGGCCUCGACCAAGCCAUUGCCGCUGUUCAAGCCGCGGCUGGAGCCACAAUGGAAGGGGACCUGGACUGGCUCUCCGAAAGCUGGAGCCAAGUCAUCACAGUCCUCGUCCAGGAUGCGGAGGACUUGUUGGAGGAAGAAGGCAUCCUCGACUAUGUGCACCCGGCGGAUGUCGUCGCCCUGGAAGAAGGGGGACAAGAAGCGCAGCCGCCGCCGGCCGGGGGACCUGACGAGCAAAUCGACCGCCUGCUGCGAAAUGCGCGCGCAGUCAUGAACUUCGUGCCGGCGGGGGGCGAACAGAUGAGACAGUUGCUGGCAGCUAUUCUGAUCUGGCGGCAGCAGACGCGAGGGGAGAGCAUCGCCGUGGACACCCAGACGACGGACGCAGCAGGGGAAGGCAGUCAGCCAGCAGAGGGGCUCCGACCAACAGAUGCGUGGGUGCCGCCAGUGGACACGGAACAAUGGACGGGGAGCAUUCCGUCCUCGUCGGUGCAGCCAGCAAGCCCCGAGGGGGACCUCUUUGAGCCUACGGAUGCGGACUUGGUGCAGGCCCCGGUUGUGAAGACUUUGACUGACAGUGCACGCAAAGCCCGCGUGGCGGAGCACUUACAGGAGCUCGCCGAAGCAUCAUCGCAGCUCUGCCUGUGGUUGGAUGCAGAUCGCGAGGGAGAAAACAUCGGCUUUGAGGUCAUUGCCGUCUGCAGAGACAGGUUUCCGGACAACUCGAAUGUCCAUCGGGCCAUCUUCUCUGCUCUUACGCGAGAAGAGGACAAUCCAGUUGCCCGAGCAGCGGUAGCGGAAGCGCUCGUUGACCAGCGCUCGCUGUUGUCAGUCUUCGUGUUCGAUCCCCGAUUCCUGGAUCGCUCUAACUACGGCCGUGUUACCGAUCCUGAGUUCAAGAAGUCCAUCAGUACUCGAAAGCCAGUUGAUUUCGGCAACCGCAAGACGUCCGCUCUUCGAGCUCGCUUUUGGCUGCAGUGUGUCCGAGCAGUAGGCCAAGACAUAGUGAAGCGUGGUGGAAACUUUGUGGCCACUGGGUUUGUCACGGCCGACCAGAAGACGUCUUGGGGUCGCUGCCGCAAGGAACCCGUCUCCCCGGAGCAGACCGACGUGGAAGAUGCGGUGGCUUUGAACCUCAAAAGCCGCGGCAGCGAGCUGCGGCGGGAGUGGGGCGCCAUGAGCCUCUACCACUGCCAGGACUUGCCUUUUGGCCUCAAUGCCUCGCCUGGCAACUACACUGAGCUCACACUUACACUGGGCUGGGAGGACCUUUGGCGUUCACCUGCGCGAUCCGCGACGGCCACACCCAUCCGCUUUCCCGUAGCAGUCCUAUCCGACGACUUGCCAGGAACCAUAGGCCCUUCGGUCCUGGAGAAUGAGCGAGAAGCGCUGAAGCUCCUGGGCUAUGACGACCAAGAGAUUGAAGAGGCCGUGGCGCAGCAGAUGCCUCCUGGAGGCGAGACCUCCGCACGGGAGCUUCUCGAGCGCUGGCUCAGAGAGGACUUGGAAAUUCCCAAGGUGCAGGAGGAGCUCCCUGUCUUCUGGGAUCUGCCCACUGGCGGGCAGGACAAGGCCUCAGGAGGGAAAGAUCCGUUGCAGUGGGCGAACCUCGCGCGCCCCGACGGCUGGCUGCGGGUCUCCCACUACAUGGCGGUUGGCUGCAUCUCAGCCCGAGAGAUCUUGGCACGUGCCGACGACUCGCCGAACUUCAACGGUGUCGCACACCGGCUCUUGUGGCGUGAGCUCCACCGCCUCAAUGCGAUCAGGUGGGGUCGCCGCCUCUUCUGGCUUCAAGGUCCAGGCCGUGUGGAACGUCCCUGGUCGUGGGACACUUCCCUCGUGGAUGCUUGGAAGGCUGGCCGAACAGGAGUUCCCUACAUUGAUGCUUGCAUGCGUGAGCUGAAGCAGACUGGCUGGCUGGCUUACAAAGGCCGCAAAACCGCCGGCUUCUAUUUCGUCUUUAUCCUCGGAUUGGACUGGCGGUGGGGUGCGUUUCACUUCGAGGAUGUGCUCCUGGACUAUGAUGUGGCCAUGAAUUAUGGGAAUUGGGUGGUUGUUGCAGAGGUGGACAAGCAGAACCGUGGAGCGCAUGGUUUCACUUCACUGGAAGACCUUGCUGCCUGGAAGCGCGAUGAAUUUGAGUGGAAGCUGACAGCGGAAAAGGCGAACGAUGCCUCCGGAUCCUACAUCAAGCGCUGGCUACCGGAGCUGGCUAAUGUGGAUGCCUCUUUCGUCCAUCAUCCCUGGACAAUGACACAGGAGCAGAUGGCCAAAUGUGGCUGCGUGCUCGGCAAAGAUUACCCCCAGCCCAGGGGUGGUCCCUUCCAGCUCAAGGAGCAGGAGGACAUGAACGUCACGAUCGACACUUCUGAUGCAUUGGAGCGGCGCUCGCAUCCAAAUGAUCCUAACGGAUAUCCGUACACGUUCAAAGAGUUUAUUGACUUCGCGCUUGCCCGUGGAAGCCCUGCCAGCUUCGGCAAGCAAUGUUGGGAGGAGUCGUUGCCGGUGAGCAAAGCACAGCCAUCUCCCGAGAUGGAGGUCGCAGCAUCGUUCAAUCAACUGGGCCGCCCUGAUAUGGCGGUGGCACAAGGUGUUGAUACUCGGCAGGAAUUGGACUUGCGCGUCGGCAUCUCCUUCAGCAGGCUGCUGACUCGUCAACUCACCAACACGCCUCUCGGCAAUGUCAAAAGGGGCGCCAGCAGAUCAAUAACUUAUGGGCCUUGCCAGACGCCUGCGCUAGGUUUCUGUGCUCAACGGCAGCGGGAAAUCGAGAGCUUCCAGCCGCAAAAGCGCUGGACCCCGGAGGUGGAGCUACGGCAUGCUGGAAGCUCCCUGACGUUCGUCUGGAAGCAUGGCCAGCUGGAUGAUGAAAAGCAGGCCGUGGCCCUUGAACAGGCGCUUCUGUCCAGGCCAGUGGCGAAGCUGCGCUCCAGCUCCAGCACCCCCGAGGUGCUCCACCGCCCAACGGGCUUGAACACUGUGCAGCUGCUUCGAUCUGCGAGCAACGCGCUGGGCCUUGGCCCAAAGCAGGCCAUGAAGGUCGCAGAGGACCUGUACUCCGCCGGCAUCAUCUCCUACCCUCGAACAGAGACCACGCGCUACCACGAGACGUUUGAUGCAGAGGCAUCGCUCCGCCCCUUGAGCCGCCACCCAACCUUCGGACGGGCAGCGAAUCGCGCCCUGGGUGCCUGGCGGUCGCUGGCUGGCAAGGCACAGAGCUACCGGGCGCGGGAUGUCGGGGACCAUCCUCCAAUUGUGCCGCUGAGAGUGGCAGGUCCGGACGAGCUCAGAUCCGCUGCGAGGCGCCUUUACGACUUUGUUUGUCGACAUUUCUUGGCCUCGUGGCUCGGUGACGUGAAACUGGAGAGGCGGCUUGGCCGCUGCACGCUUCUGGCCUUGGCCCUCUGCCUGGGCGCACACGUGGGCGCUGUGAACUUCGCAGCACCGGACGGCCGACAUGCCCAGACCCCAAGAGCAAGGGCCGAGGUCAGCCACGGCCUGUCAGCUAGGCCGCGGAGUUUGGCAAUGAAGGCAUCGAAGCUCGAUGCCCUUGGCUUCAAGAAACAGCAGAUAAAUGAUGCUGCCCGGAACGUGGCAUUCAUCGCCGUUAUCGCGGGCACCAUUGCAUCUAGCUGGAUUUUCACUGGCAAGUGGUGGAAGGUGCCACUGGGGCUGGCGCUGCCUUCCAUGCUUUAUCGCCUGUGGACCACUAGAGGGAACACGGAAAAGCUUGCGCAGGUCAGCGCUUCAGUUGACUCGAAGUACAUUGCCAGCACAGAGGAGGCACAGCAGGAGCUGCACAUGUUCAUGUGCAGUAGCUGUGGCUACACGCUGUUCCCGGCUAGGGGCCGAGAAGGCGCCUUCUUCAAUGACAAGUUCAAAUGCCCGAUGUGCGGGGCGUCAAAGGAAGAGUUCGUUGACAUGAACGACGACGACGAUGAUGGCAGCGCUGCUCUUGCGGCAGCCGCAGCCAGGGCGGAGAAGGGGGAGGCCCCUGCUGCCUGA